ACCCCUGAACGCAGCCAAUAUCGGAAGGACAACAACCCUGAACAAUCCUCGCGCGAUAGCUGCUUGGUGAUCCGCGACGCGCAUCGGUUGGCAGCCCUGACGUUCUUAUUGUUGCUGUUUUGUGAGGCCGGUGUGUUUGCUAGUUUACGUUUUUGGUUCGUUGGUUGUUUCCCUCCGCGCGCGGAACCGAUCCCACACGGCGAUUGUGCAUCGGAUUUUUACGCGGCGCGUCUUGUUGAUCAAAAACAAUCGGGAUAAUUGAGAGAAGACACGGGAGACUCGUCGGUGGUGGUGGUGGCGGUGGUGGUUGUCGGCGGCGGCGGCGGAGGAGAAGAAGAAAAUGGAAAAUCUGGAGGAGGUGUUGCAGGCGCUUGACGAGUUCCAGAAGAUGCGGCCGUCGGUGAUCCCGCAGGAGCUCGAGGACUACUUGUGCUGGGUCGCUAAGACCGGCGACCCGGUAUACCAGUGGCCGCUGAUCAAGACCCUCGUCCGGGAGAAGCUUACGCGCGUGAUGACGGACUUCUACGAGAGCUGCCCGACGCUGGAUCUCGCGCCCUGUCCCAAUGUCGAGCACUUCAACUACGACACGAUGAAGAGUAACCUGCUCGAGCGGCUGGAGUCGUUCGUAAACGCACCGUUCACCGUUCAGCGAAUAUGCGAGCUGCUGACGGCACCACGCAAGGAGUACAAUCGCGUCGACAAGUUCAUGCGCGCGAUCGAGAAGAAUAUUCUGGUGGUGUCGACGCGCGAGCCGGGGCCGAUUACCAGACGCGGCGAGACGGGCGACGGGAUGGUGAACGGAUCCGUGGAGGAGGACGCGGCAGCCUCCGUCACGCAGCAACAACCGCCACCGCCGUCGCCGUCGCAACCUCCUUCCUCGCAGCAGCCGACGACGCCACCACAGACGUCGGCGCAGCAGCCGGCCGUGCAGCCGCCAACCUCGCAGGACGUCGAGAUGGAGUACUGGGAGAAGGACUGCGGUUCUACUGUUACGAUCAGCGUGCAUACCGCUGUCGAGAACGAGCCGCCACCGUCGCUCCUGCACACCGGAGUAAUACCAGCGACCGCUGACUCCGCCUUGGCCAAGAAUCUCUUCGCGGACGAGUCCGUGCGGGAGAAGAUCGAACAGGUUGCCGCCUCCAGAACGGAUCUUGCGACAACCAACUAUAUCACCUCUGUCUCAGAGUUUUCCACCAUAUCGAAUUUAAAUUUGCAGCCGCACGCAAGCUCGCCGGUGUCAGCGACGGAGCCCAUCGCGACCGCAGUUCCUGUGGUGCAAAGUCUACCGGUCCUUUCGGGGGCGGCCAUCCCCGACGACUCGACGACGGCUCCGGGUGCCGACAUAGCGGUGGCGAUCGCGAUGAACGAGGACGCAGCCAGUUCCCAGCCCAAUUUAGACAUAGAGAACGAAGAGAUUGAAACCGCGGCGACGGCGAGCGACACCGCAGCGACGUCCACGACGACGGCAGCUGCCACGGUGACGACGACGACAACAACGACGGCGGCAUCGACGACAUCGACAUCGGCGGCGGCGACGACGACGGUGACCGUGGUAGCAACGGUAAUCCCGCUGACAACGGACACCACGCGGAAGCUGCAGGCCGCUUUCCAGGCGAAACGCUUCGAGUCUGACGACGACAAGUGUACGGAUCAGACUUCCAGUGAGAAACCGAUGAUGGAUCCGUCAACCUUGGUCGGCGGCACGGAGGAGGAGCUUGAGCAUCUCGUGAAGAAUGAGGAGGCGAGCCUGACCAAUUCGAGUUCCGAGCGUUUAGAUCUUAAUGAGAUGUCGCGCGACGAAAGUAGAUUAACUGAAAGUUUAUUACAGACGGACGUCGAGAUGAGACCUGACACUCUGGCAGACAGUAAUGCCAGGAGCGUCGCUCCCGAGGAGGAGAGGGCUCCAGACAAAUCGAGCGAGGAGAAGGGACGGGCGUCGAUCCUCGAGGAUAUGGAGGACGAGGAGAACUUGCGUUCUUCCACGAGCGACCAGACGAACGCGACGGCAUUUGUUGAGUCCGAGGAGAAGGACUGUGGCACGGCCACGUCGUCCGACGAACGCACGAGCGUGGUUAUCGUAUCCAGCAGCGAGACGUUAUACAAAACGGAUAAACCCAUAGAGAUACAUUCGACGGUUUCCUCUUCGGAAACGUGUUUUGUACGCGACCAGCAGCCUGUAAACCAGAAAGCAGAGAAUACGGAGGAGGUGGAUACAGUUCUCGAGGCCAUUCCUGCGGUAGCAUCUUCCAACAGCAACACCAAUGGGCGAGAAGAAGCAGUGCAGGAGCAGCCCGAGAUUAACGACGAUAACUUGAAUAUUAUGGAAAUUUCCAACGACAAAAUAGCUCUCGUCGAGUCCAUGGUGUCCACGGAUUCAAUAGGCAUCAUAGAGAAAUCUAAGGAAGUAGCGUCUGUAAUCGAAAAACUCGAUCCCAUCUCGCCUGCUAUCGUCGAAACGACGGAGGGCUCCGACAACAUUGUCAGUUGUCGAUCGCCAGAGGACGAUAAACUAACGGACAUUCAGGACGACAGUUUAGCAAAUUUACAGGGCAAUAAGGCGUGCGUCACGAUAAAAGGGAACCAAUCUUCUGUUAUAGAGAGUAUAGCAUGUAGAAGGGAAUCGAUGGAAUUAAUGGAGGUCGAUGACGACGAAGAGUCACUGUCGACGUUUCAACAGGAUGAACCUAUGGAGCACGAAACAAUGGAGGAGCUAUCAAAAAGUUAAUCCUAACUUAUCUAAAUUGGUCACAUGUUUCUCCUUCUUUGUUUUGAUAUCUAUUCUUAAGAUAGAUGUCGUGGAGUACGAAUACGUAAAUAUCUUUGUGCAUAAACGAGAUGCUUACAAGAUACUUGUGACGCAGUAUAUAAAAAAAUAUAUAAAUAUAUAUAAAUAAUUUCUAUAAUUGGUAAUUACGAAUCAUUAGAUUUGAACAGACGUGAGCAGACGUCAGGCGAUGCUCAAUGAAAUUCUUGACAUUCUAUCUUAAAUAUUAAUUCCUGCUUUAUUUAUUUUGGAUUCAUUGUUAGACUGAAUAAGCCUCUGGUAUUUACUUACAAGGAGAUCCAUCGAAAAAAAAGUGAAUUUUCUAUAACUCUUGAAGGGAAAAGAACACUGCCUACUGCUAAAAAAAAGAAUUUGUAACACUGAAACCGCUUGUAUAGAAGUCAGAUUUGGUAAACAUUUCAAUACAAAUUUAUACAAUAUCCAUGGAUAUCAUCUGCUUAGAAUAAGGUUGUGCCUAUAAUUUAUAAUGUACAUUGCAUAUUGGUCAGGUCAGGUUUAUAUUUAAUGGGUAAAUUUUUAAAUAAUAAAGUAUGAGUAUACAUAGAUUUGUGCAAUCUUUCACAAUUGGGGGUAAUGAAACAGCUUUGUUCUUGAUCACAGCCUUAUACUAAGUUCCGAUUAAAUUUCAAAAUAUAUAAUAUCGAAAGAACCACUUACUUUCGAGAAUAUGUUCGAGAUUAUUAACUCAAGACAUGUUCCUUAUAAAAACUUUUUACAGUAUAUAACAUUUGGAAACAAUGUUGUUUCGAAUUAUCCUUUAAAGCUAUCCAUUUACACUAAUAUGCAGCUUUAUUUUAAACUUGGUUUAAUUUAUUUUUCAUCUUUUCCAAAUUUUUAGAAAAAGAUGAAGAAAGAUAUUAAAUAGAAUUUGAAGUUAAGCUAUAUUGGUGUAAACAGAUUUGAAUCUGCUAAAAUUGUGUAAAACUAACUUAAAAUUAAUUAUUUCGAAUAUAUCGUUUAUAAUUAGUGUUUCAAAUUAAUUUUAUGAUUUCUAUUAUCACAUUAGUAGGCAAGAAUUUUUCUUUUUUUUACAAUUGUUUGCUAUAUAAAAGAGAAAAACUCUUUAGUGGAGCAAAAAAACUAUGUUCUACAAAUUUAUGCGGCUUUUAAUGACAUUAGGUUUCUGGUUCCUUCCGUUUUCUAUGUUUAUUUUUGAACAAGUAAAAAAAUUUUAAAUCUAGUUAUACGAGAAUAAAUCUCAACGAAAAAUCUUAAAGUGGCCCAUUAUAAACUAAUAAAACCGAUUUUAUUGAAAAUCGAUCCAAGUUAGGACCCAUUAGCAUUAUGUCGAAUCGCUUACAGUUAUAUGUAUUUGCACAAAAUGUUCUCGAGCGAAUUCGAUGUGGUUCUACCGGAAACGUUAUUAGAAUAUUGUAGGAAUGGGAAUAUUAAUUUAAGAAUUAAUAUAGGUUAAUAAUCACAUAAUAUACGAAUGUGGAUAUCUAAGAAAAAAAUAGCUGUACAUUAUUUUAUAAAAAAAUAUAUAAAACU